AUGUUUCACAUUAGAUUAAACAUUAUUAAAGAAUUAUGUACAAAAAUGACUCAGUCUAAUAAUUUAACAUUAUGCAAGUAUUCUCAAAAAUCGGAUACAGAUGCUAAGUCCGAGGAGCAUACUAAGAGUGAAUCUAAGAGGUUAGCUGAAUUUAGAAAAAAACUAAGAGAAACUACACCUAUAAAGGAUUUAGGAGAACAAUCGGAGUUGCCUCCCAAAGAUGAUCCAUUACCAGCAUGGCCUAAUAACACAAAUCCUAACACAGGAGAGGUUGGAGGACCUAGAGGCCCUGAACCAACAAGAUAUGGUGAUUGGGAAAGGAAAGGGAGAGUGUCCGAUUUU